AUGGCUGCCACCAGGAUCUUGUCUUGGCUGGUGAUGAUAAUUCUUCACAUUCAGGUGGAUGCAGAAACAAGUGGUCCCCCAACAACUCCUGACCACACGACUACUCAAAUCAUAUAUGAUGAUCUGCAGCUGAGGCUGAGCGGUGGGCCCAACCAGUGUGCAGGCAACGUGGAGAUCUACUACUUUGGAGCCUGGGAGAAGGUGUGUGGGUACCUGUGGGACAUGCAGGACGCCGAGGUGGUGUGCAGGCAGCUGGGCUGUGGCUCCCCUCUCACAGACACGCACUCCUUCCCCUCGAACAACUUCUACCCCUACAUGAUUACUGAGGUGAACUGUGUGGGCACCGAGCGCUACUUGUGGCACUGCCCCUACACCUACCAGUACCGUGUCUGCCACCAUGGAGAUGCUUCUGUCGUAUGCUCAGACUCCGGAAUAACAGUGCCUCCAACAGCACCAGCUGUCUCCGGAUUGAUGUUCUCCAGGUCAUGGACAACAUAUGAGAACUCCUCCUGUGGUGGCUUACUUCAGGGAUUGUCCGGCACCUUCCAGAGCCCGGGGUACCCCAACUCCUACCCUCACAACUCCUACUGCGUGUGGCACAUCCGGCUGCGGGACCCGGCCCGCAGGAUCCAGCUCCAGUUUACGGACGUGGAGCUGGAGGGCAACAGCUGCUCCUACGAUGCCAUCGAGGUGUACGACGGAGGGUCCACCCAGAGCUGGCGCCUCGGCCUUGUUUGCAGGGACAACAACAGCGUCUUCAACUCAUCCGGGAACCAGCUCACCGUCCUGUUCUACAGUGACGGCAGCGUCAGCAGGAGAGGCUUCCACGCCUACUACUCAUCAUUUCUUGACUUCCAUACCACUGUGGCUCCCAACAGUACUUCCAACUGGAUGACCACUCCGUUAACAACCUCAGAAGAUUAUUCUUGUGGUGGCUUGCUUUCCUCUUCAUCUGGUACCUUACAGAGCCCAUUUUACCCCAGAAAUUAUCCAAACAAUGCCAACUGUGUGUGGGAAAUACAUGUAAAGAGCAACUUCCGUGUCACACUUGUAUUUACAGAUAUUCAGAUGGAAGGUGGCAGAUGCCUCUCUGACUACGUGGAAAUCUAUGAUGGGCCCCUUCAGACCUCUCCUGUCCUUGGGAAGAUUUGUUCUGGUUAUCGCCCCAUGUACACAUCAUCCUCAAACCUGCUGACUGUCCGCUUCCACAGUAACUCCCGAUACACAUACAGGGGGUUUCAGGCCAACUAUCAUUCCACCCCAGCUGAUGACAGCACCACUCUGCUGUGUUUGCCAAACUACAUGCACGUGGUUGUGAGCAGAUACUUCCUUCAGUCCCAUGGCUACUCUGCUUGGAACCUCACCCUGAACGACCCCUUUUGCACACCCAACAUCACAUCAAAUCAUGUGUCAUUCGACAUUCCAUACACUCGCUGUGGCACUGUCAGAGAGGGAAACAACAACACAAUCAGCUAUUCCAACAUUAUUAGAGGGUCCUCUUCUGGCACAUUAAUCACAAGAACUAGAAAUCUUCUCUUGCAUGUCAACUGCAAGAUGCUCCAGAACGCGUGGGCACAAACGAUGUAUGUCGCGGACGACAAUUUUGAAGUCAAUGAAACUCAAUAUGAGAGAUACGAUGUAAACCUCACAUUUUAUGACUCUUCAAGCUUCUCAAGGCCAGUGUAUGACUCGCCCUACUAUGUCAGCAUCAACCAGAAUUUGUUCCUGGAAGCUUCCUUGCACAGCUCUGACCCAAUGCUGGAGUUGUUUCUGGACACUUGUGUGGCAUCUCCCACUCGCCACAAUUUCACAACAGGAUCCUAUGCUAUAGUCAAGAAUGGGUGUGUUAAAGACCCUACCUAUGCUUCGUAUUACUCACCCAGCAGACACACCCUCCGGUUUAAAUUCAAUGCCUUCCAGUUCAUUCAGAGCAACCCAGAGGUUUACCUGCAGUGUGAGCUGGUGGUGUGCAGAGCCUUUGACUACUCUUCCAGGUGCCACCAAGGCUGUGUUCAAAGGUCCAAGAGAGAGGCAAGCUCUGACCUAGAAAGUGUGAUUGUUGUUGCUGGCCCAAUACAGCUUUGGGAACCUGCACCUGAGACUAGGAAUGAAAAUGAGUCUGAAUAAAACUGUCUCCUUUGACAGACAGCAUCUUUAAAUGCUGAUUGAAUUCUGGAAGAAACUGCUGCCAGAUUGCCAGAAGGUCUAGAAUAAAUGUUAGGAAUGUGCUUACUGACUCAUGCCUGUUAAUCCCAC